UCUUUGUUGUAUGUUGUAUUUUGUGAUAGUUUCUGGGCUUCUGGUUUCUAAUAUUUUUACAGAUUUUUACGAAAAAUUCUAACUGGAUAUCUAUAUUCUAAAUCAAUAAGUAAACUAUUUUGAAACCAUUCGAUAUUAUUAGUAUACAUACACUAUUUUAACUCUUCGGAAAUGCGGAUUUUUUUGAAGUACGAUAGUGCAUUAACCUCCAGCUCCAGGCUCCACUCAAUAUAAAUAACAAAUAAACUUUUAAAAUGAGGUGCUGCCUGUAUUUCUGUAAAAAUUCACACGACAAUCUUAUUUCGACUGCAUCCUCAGGACCGCAGAAUGUUACUUUUCAUCAUUUUCCUACAUCAGAAUAUCUAAGGUCUUCCUGGUUGCUAGCUCUUGGUAUAGAAGAAAGUCAAUUACCAAUUGUUCCACUGGUCUGCUCCGAACAUUUUCAGAGAGAUGAUUUUAUUGUUAAUAAAAAUGGGUUUAUUCAAUUGAGAAGUAAUGCUGUUCCUUCUACAGUUCAGGUGUGCAGAAUAUGCCUGGACACAGCCAGUAAACUCCAUCCUUUAGGCAAGUUUAAUUUGGAGCAAGCUUAUGUUAAUGUGACUGGGAUCUCGACGUACAAUGAGUUGAACUGUGCACUGAAGCUUUGUGCAGAAUGUGCCCAAAGAUUGCUAAACUGCUAUACAUUUAAGGAAAAGAGUUUAAGAGCACAUACUCUGUUGCUGGAAUUAGUUAAACAACAUGAUUUACUAACAACACAAAACAUAAAGUCGAUAAACCGAGAGAGUAAUCUAUUGACAUCAAGUAUAGCCAAGAAAGUAUUCCAGCCAGAUCACUGCGAUCUCAACCUGACGGAUGACAAAGAAGAAAAAUUUUAUGAUGUAUCUGUGGUCAAGGAUGAAGAGGUUGGCAGAACUGAUCAUCACUUUACUUCGAAAACUAGUGAUAGUGCCAGUAAUAGAGAUUUAGAUGUUUCAGAGCCUAAGGUGGAGACUUUGAAUUGCGAAAUCAAGAAUGAUGAUGAAUCCUCAAACUGCAACGACGUUAAAUUCAACAAUGACUUUAAUUAUGUGGGAGUCAUAAAUAAUGACUUUGAUGCUGAAUUUGAUGAUGUAGACUAUUCUAACAGUGAUGUGACCAGCAAACCUGAUAGAUCGAAGGUUGACGAGAAGGGCUUGAGUAAAAAAAGAAUUAAGAAGGGCUCUGUCAAACGGAUAAGUAAGAAAAAAUCUGUAAAAAGGCUUAAAGGUUCAAUAAAAAGGAUAAAAAGUAAGACUAAAGUUAAAUCAAGUAAAGAACGUACAUCAGCAAAAGUUAAAUUAAAAAAUGGUAUACUCAAACUUAAGAAGGAAAGAAAAAAGUCUGUCAAGACAAAAAUCGACACUAAACUGAAACCAGCGACUGACGAAAAAAAGUUAUUUAAGAAAACAGUAUUAACUUAUGAGGAACAAUUGGCUGAUGUACAGCAAAGGAAGGAAACUGCUAAUUAUCUGAAUGCUCGCUACAAAUGUACUAAAUGUUAUAAAGGAUUCUUGGAUGUGGAUGCCUAUAAUGGUCAUAUGGUCAAACAUACCAAUAAAUACGGGCCGUUUGAGUGUGAUAUAUGCGGCCUUCACAGCAAAAGUCGUAACAAUUUAUGUCGACAUAUAGUUGUAAACCACAGUAUUAGAUACAGCUGUACACUCUGUCUGUUUGUUACUAUGCACGUAGGGACAGCGAAAUCUCACGAACGCUGGCACAACGGUAGCAAGUUCAAAUGUCCAGAAUGCGAUCUAGAAUUUGGUAUUCGGUCGUCGUACCUCUCCCACCUGCGCAUAAAGCACCCCUCCGACUUCGCGUGUACAGUUUGCGGGUUUUCCUUCAUCGGGGAGCGCGGCAUCAAACUUCAUAUGAUCAAGAAGCAUCGCUUCGACGUAGAGAAUCCCGAGGGUCCGCUGUGUAAGCCGUGCAACAUUCGCUUCGCGUCCGAGACCGCGUAUACACAGCACGUGAAGGUGUCGCCCAAACACAACAUUGGCGGUAAGCGCGUUCGCAACGACCCGCUAAUCAAUACGAUCUGUUGGCGCAAGCGGCCCUGGAGUGGCAAGUCCAAGAAGGAAGAACCCGACGCCGCGGACGAGCCCGUCGAGUGCGAGCAGUGUGGCAUUCCUCUGAAGGACUAUUGGAUGUACACUCAGCACUUCAAGAAGGCGCACCCCGACAAAAACCGCACCAAGUACCACCGCCCCAAGCUGCUGUGCGAGCUGUGCGGGAAGGUGUUCAACAACGAGGCGCAACUCCGCUACCACAUGCCGGUGCACUCGGAGCACAAACAGUUCAAGUGUGAAGUGUGCAGCAAGAGCUUCGGCUCCAUCCUGAACCUCAAGAGCCACGUCACCAUCCACAGCGAGACCAGGCCGUCGUACGCCUGCGACUUCUGCGGCAAGACCUUCGCCUACCAGUCCAACAAGUACCGACACAUGACGAUACACAAAGGCAUCAAGUUCAGUUGCGAGAUAUGUGACAAAAGCUUCAACACGGCCCCCGAGAGAUCCAUCCAUGUACAGCACGUGCAUAUGAAAGUUCCCUGGCCCAAGCGUAACCGUGGCCCAAGGAACAAGACACGUCUUCUGAUGCCACAGGAAGAUCUCAUGUGAGACCAGUUGUGACCUCACAAUGUAGGAACAACUAUUAUAGUCAAUUAAAUGUGGGCGCGUGUGAACCAUCAGAAGAAUGCAAAGGAAGGUUUCAUGUGGGCCAGAUAUGACCUCAUAAGUCAUAUCACAGAAACAACUUAUGCAGGCGUAAGUGAACUGUAGGAAGAACACAAGUGAACUAAACACAAAGAAAGAUCUCAUGUGAGCCACAUGUGACCGCAUAUCACAAACAAUUCAUGUGGGCAUAAGUGCAGCAACAAAAGAACACAAGUGAACUGAAUGCAUAGAAAGAGAUCUCAUGUCACAGAAGUGCAGCAUAGGAGAACACAAGUGAACUAAACACAAUAGGUUUUAUGUAAUUGUAAGCCAUAUGUGACUGUAUAUCGUUGACAAAUCAUGCAGGCGUAAGUGAACCAUAGGGAGAACACAAGUGAACUAAACACAAUGGAACAGCUCAUGUAACUUGUAACCCACAUGUGACCUCAUAUUGGCGUAAGUGAACCAUAGGAAGAACACAAGUGAAUUAAACACACAAGAUUUCAAGAUCAGAUCUACAAGAUCAACUGUGAAGUAAAAGUGGACACAAAUGAACCAUAGGAAGACCACGAGUGAACUAAACAGGAAAAGCUCAUGUAAAUAUUAUUUAAAGAAAUAAUAUGGUGCACAUGUGGGUCAAGCUCAAUUUAAGUGUCACAAAUAAGUAGAGACGAGUGGAAUAAUAAUUGUGAACUAGAUUUUGAAGGCAAUUGUACGCGAGCUAAGUCGCGAAUUAAAGCUAAGAUAAAUAAAUUAUGUAGCAAAUAAA